ACUUGAUAUUCAUCAUUAUUAAGGCCAAUAUAUUAUCCCAAUCUGCCUACAUUGUUCGGAGCAAUACAACCAAUAAGCUUCCUCGUCGCUAAAUUCCAGUCUAGUCGACCUCUACUACUUCUCUGUGAUAUAAUCUCUGGUAGCUUACCUUUCAGCCUAAAUUUCACCGUCUGAUUAAACAUCAGCUUCAUUUUCAGAGGCGGUCUAAAAACCAGAAUGAAGAAGCACUCAGGGAGGAAAAAGGCGGUGGUCGACUAUAGGCACCGUUGGCCGACUCAACAGACACUUUACGAGCCUCGAGAACCCCGAGAGCAAGAUGUCAAGAACAAGUCGAAAUCUCGAAGGGUCAAGGCAUUGGAGGCAAUCUCGACCCCCCUAUCGUGGAUUAACAUGAAGAUCGAGUCUUAGCAAGACGGUAUUGACAGUUACGUAGACGCAAUAGAGUCGCAAAGGCAGAAAAGGGCGAGUGUAUCGACGUCGUCCUGUAAUGCUAGGACACGAGACCCCAUGCCCGCGAAUGCUAAGCCCGGUAAGAGCACGCACCCAUAUGACACUGGGAUUGGAAAUACAACUGCAACGAGCAUCAGAGACAGUAGGCCGCCAACACCCGCGUCUCAUCGUACAAAACGAGCCGACAAUUCCGUAGGACAGACGCCACAGACAGCAGCCGACCAGUUGCGAAAAAAUAAGAGAGUAAAUUCGGCUUCUAGCAUUCGAAACAAGAUACCUAGCCACCAGCCCUCGAACGAACACGGAAUCAAAUUUAGUAGUAUCCUAGGUUUGCGCAGUAAUAGGAGGAAGUUGCCAAAUACCAGUCCUUCUGAGGUCGCGUCAACUCCCCCUGGUCAGCUGUCUAGGAAAUCAGAGCCCCACGCAGAAGUGACCCGGCGAGAAUCUUGGUGGUCCCUCAAAAGGCGGGCGAGCGUAUAUAACGGAAGUAGAGACACAAUAUCCGGUCGAGCAAAGAGGUUGGGCGAUGAAGAGCAUGGGAGUAACCUAGUAAUGACGUCGAACUCACGGACACGGAGUACUGGCAUGAAUAAUCGGGAAAGUAGAUACUUACGAAGCAAGAUCAUGAAGAAGUCAGCCGAAAGUCAAGGUAGAGACGAAUAUAGAAACAAGGAACUAGGUAUGCGACAUGAAAGAAGCGUCCAGCAAGUGGAGAAAGCACACGUUGGAACGGAGAAAACGGAGAAGGAUGAGUUAUCUCCAGGGACAAACACGGAACUAACAAAAAUACCGGGACAAUCAUGGCGGCGCCGAAGAAGCAUAUCUUCAUCCCAGGCUCAUACGAGCACGGCCGGUACAAGUUCCACACCUGGCAACGUAGCGACGCACAGGGAUAUUAUUCAUGAAGAGUGGAGACACCAAACUCCUUCUCCUAUAGUUCCCACUCAGGUAUUACGAUCGCUGCUAGGUUCUAGGAAAUCGCCGUCACCGAAGACGGGAACGCGGCCAGAUCAAGAGGAUGCGGAAAUUCGUGUUUCAGCAUCUAUGGAACUGUUAGGACAGCGAAGUCAAGAUGACCGCGCUUCUGGUAGGCAGUCGAUAGAGCAGAAGAAUAGGGUACGAGUUCCAUUUUGGGGCUCACCUCGGUCACAGGCAGGACUCUCCCGGCACGAUAAUGGCAACGAGGCGUCGAGACAAAAGAACACACCGGAGCCGAGUACGGGAGACCAGGGACAAAACGCAUGGGCGGGUCAGAGGAAAGUUUUGGAUAUAGUCUCACGUAGGAGAUGGCGAAGUGGAUAAUAGAUAAAUUCGUGCCUAUCCGGUGUUAUCCGAGUUGAGGGUUUUAAAAGGAAUCAAGAGUUGUACAUGGGUUUAAGACGAGAGAGAGCGGGUGUUACAAUCCGUUACGCUUCGUAUACCUAAAUAGUAUCUUCAGUAGUGUCAUCUUAUUUUUCGUGAUCCUACCAAAGUAUUGCAUGUGUAAAGAGAGAAGAAACAUUGUCUGCGAUGCUGACUGACGUGAUUGAAUGAGGUGGGGUUUUGCAG